UUUGACCUAGACUAGAAUUCUCAAAAAAAAAACCUAGACUAGAUGAACACGACGGGCGCUUUGUGAUUGCGGCGCUAGCUAUAAUUCCCCUCGUAUCUCCUUCCUCAAUACCCCUUGAACUUUCUUUGCCGCCCCAAGGAGUCGCCCGUUCCUUAAGAUGCAGAUCUUUGUGAAGACCCUCGCCGACGAGACCAUCCUGGUCAACGCAGAUCUAUCGGACACAAUCUACAACGUCAAGACGAGGAUUGACGGCGAGCUUUGCGAUCCCCGGUCCCAGCAGUGCCUCAUGUUUGAUGGCAAGGAGCUGGAGGAUGGAUGCAUCAUAGCGGACUACAACAUUGAGGAGGAUUCGACCGUCCAGCUCGCCCUUCUCCCGAAGUGGCCACGGGAAGUGAUGCAAAUCUUUCUGAAGGCGCCCAACAUUCGGCUCCCCAUCGAGGUAGAGAGCGCAGACACCAUAGAGGACGUCAAGAAAAGGAUCCAUGGCACGUGGGGCAUCCCUCCGCAAUCCCAGCUGGCCCUCGUCUUCGACGGGAGGCAGCUAGAGGACGGGCAUGGACUGGAUGGCUACGGCGUCUGCAUGGGGUCCACCCUCCACCUAACCCUUCAUGGGUCAGGGUGGAUGCUCAUCUCUGUCAGGCUGCCUAUUGCCUGCAAGAACCCCAUAAUUCCUCUUAUGGUCCAGAAUUCAGAUACCGUUGACAUAUUUAGGGAGAAGCUCCAGGAAUUGAAGGGGAUUACCGCGUCCGAGCAGCGCAUCAUCUUCCGCGGAAGCCAGCUGAAGGAUGGUCUCACCCUAGCGGAUUGUGGCGUGGUGAAGAACUCGCUCCUCGAUGUGAUCCUCCGUCUGCGUGGUACAAAUUGCCCUGGUUGUGCAAGGAGCAUUGCGCGGCAGUGAGGGGAAGAAGUUGCCUGAAGCUUAAAACUCUUGUCUAUUGGUAUACGCUUUUGAAGCCUUCUCAUCUUUAGCAGUGAAGAGUAAGUUGCUGAGUAGCUAAGUAUGAUCUGUUGCGCAGGGUCUUUGUCAAGUAUUUGUUGAGAUUUUUUUAAUAGACUAAAGCGAGUAGUGUAGUAUCACUUGUCUAGUUCAAUUGCGGGCUCUCUUUACUGAAAUCUUUGUGGUAUUUCAUCUUACGAAGAUUUAUACCACGCAGAAUCCC